AUUUAAUGUUAGUCAGCUUUUAAAUUUCGUUGCGCGUAGACGUGCCCUGUGAUAAGUUGUUAUUAAGCAAAUCUUGUGUUUGACAAACUAUUUUAUUUAAGUUCAUAAGCAAAUAAACUCCCUCAACGCCAAAAUGUCAACCAAUCGUGCCCCAAAGUCUGGAUUUGCUGCCGAAGCUCAACGCAAAAUCAACUCCAAAUAUAGCGAAGAAUUAGCUCAAGAAUGUCUAGAAUGGAUCAAAAUUAUUACCGACGAGCCAAUCAACACAUCUGGUGACAUGGAUAACUUCUUCGAAGUCUUAAAAGAUGGUGUUCUCUUGUGCAAACUCGCAAAUUGCCUACAAGCUGGUUCAGUUAAGAAAAUAAAUGAAAGCAAAAUGGCUUUCAAGUGCAUGGAAAAUAUUUCCGCUUUCUUAGCUUGUGCAAAGAACUUCGGUGUCCCAACACAAGAAACAUUCCAGAGUGUUGAUCUGUGGGAAAGACAAAAUUUGAAUUCUGUCGUCAUAUGCCUGCAAUCACUUGGACGAAAAGCACACAACUUUGGAAAACCUUCGAUUGGACCAAAAGAAGCUGACAAAAAUGUUCGAAACUUCAGCGAGGAACAGCUCAAAGCUGGCCAAAAUGUCAUAUCGCUCCAAUACGGUUCAAACAAGGGAGCUAACCAAAGCGGAAUCAAUUUCGGCAACACCAGGCAUAUGUAAAUUUUUGUAAAAAGUUUUUCGCGUACUUAUUUAAAUUUAAAACAAUAUUCACAUAGCAUUCCAUUUAAGAUCUAAAAAGUGAAACAAUUGUGAAAAUCACUAAUAAUGUAUUUAAAAUUGAUAUAACUAUUUUUGUAUAAUUUUAAGAAAAAAAUGUUUAACUUCUUUUUUCCAAAUUUUUUUAUAAAUGUUUGUUUAUACUUUAUUGGCACCUUAAACAUUCCUUAAACAAAACAAAGACAAUGAAAAAUCAUAAAAAAGACCAACUUUACAUUAAAAUAUAUAUGUAUUUAUUUGUUUUUAAAUUCUAUAAAAUAUUGUGCCAUUAAGCAUUUAUAAUUUUUUUUUUAAACAAGCAGAACAAUCUAACUAAAAUGAAAAAUGAAAAAUGCAACCUGGCAUUAUUUUGUAUUAUUACUAACUUUACAAGUCUUUUAACUUAAAAAAGAUUAUUUUUAAGACAUUAACGUUUACGAGAGUAUUUUUGAAAGGCCUUUUACACAAAGAAUUUAAUCAAAGUAGUGUCUUUUUAAAGUUGAAAUGUUAUACAUCUUAUGGAUUAUAUAUCGGUAUAUAUAUUUGAUAUAUUAUGUCUGGUUAUCUGUUAAAUUCCUUUUGAAAAAUAAAUAUAUUUUCUUUUUAUGAGAAA